CAAUUGCCCAAUGGCCCCCCUGGGAUACCGUUGCUUGGCAACCUGCUGGACAUUCCUCCCUCACUGAGCUGGCUGAAAUUCCAAGAAUGGGUUCAGACAUAUGGCUUGCUAUACCGCCUCGACAUAGUAGGCCGCAAGAACAUCAUAGUGGCAAGUGAGGAUAUUGCCAAUGAGCUUCUACGCGAGCGUGGCAACAUCUAUAGCUCCCGGGAGCAGCUGCCAAUGGCAGCCAAGCUGCUUAGCGGUGAUUUGCGGCCGCUUCUUCUACCUUACGGAGAAACUUGGCGUAGCGUACGAAAGCUGAUCAACAACAUGACCAAUGUCAAUGUUUCUGCAGCGUACAGCUCGCUCCAGGAGGAGGAAAGCCUACGAGCCAUUGUGGAUCUGAUUCGCCAACCGGAGGAUUAUGAAAAAUGGCUCGAGCGAUAUUCGGCAAGUCUCAUCCUACGGUUGGCGUAUUCUAAGACUGUCCGUACAGGCGACGAAGAAGUGGUAAAACGCAUCAUCAACGUCGUGAAUAACGUUGAGCGUGUUGCGAGUCCUGGAGCGUAUCUGGUGGACUCAAUUCCAGCGCUGAUGUACCUCCCAUCAUGGCUCGCUCCUUUCAAGCGAGAAGGCAUGGCACUACACAAGGAGGAGAUUGACCUAUUCCGAACGUUGCUGCAAGAAGGAACAGCCGCCAGCAAUACGCAGACUCAGCCGAACUUCUGCGGUCAGUGGGAACGCGGCAAGCAGAACUACAAGCUCAGCGAUGACCAUGCAGCGUAUGCCAUCGGUACCCUGUUCGAGGCUGGUUCGGGAACAACAAGUGUAGCUACGAUGUCCUUCAUUCUAGCCAUGACUCUCCACCCUGAAGAGUUCAGGAAGCUGCAGCAAGAAGUUGACGAGGUAACGCCCGACCGUCUUCCGCACCUGAGCGACAUGCCCAAGCUUCCUCGUGUGCGAGCUGUCGCAAAGGAGACUCUGAGGUGGCGACCCGUUACGGCUGGAGGGUUACCACAUAUGCUUACGAAGGACGAUGUCUACGAGAUGCCUGAUGGUCGCUCCAUAUUCCUAGAAGCAGGCACUAAUGUCCAUCCUGUACAAUGGUCGAUACAUAGAGAGCCGAAGCGAUACCCGGAUCCUGAUAAUUUCCGUCCAGAGCGCUGGCUUGAACCAGACUGGCCAACGUUCAAGGAACCUCUUUCUACCUACCCCAACCUCCUCAACUUCAGUGCUUUCGGCUUCGGCAGGAGGAUUUGUCCGGGUAACCACAUUGCCGAGCGGUCGCUGUACGUUCUUAUCUCCAGAAUCGCAUGGGCUUGUGAUAUCAUGCAAAAGCUGGAUGGAAAAGGAGAGCCUAUCGUGCCGCCGUGGUACGACUACACGGGUGGCUUCAAUGUGCAACCGAAGCAUUUCGAAUUCGACCUCAAAGCUCGC